GCGCAGGGCAUGCCGGGAGGCAGCGAAUGGGAAGUGAUAGUAGAGCAGCGGCUGAGUGAGGAGGCACUUCGCCACCAUGUCGUCUCCAAACAAAGCACUUGAGCUUCAGUUACAGAUGAAGCAAAAUGCCGAGGAGUUGCAGGACUUCAUGCGAGAGCUAGAAAGCUGGGAAAAGGAUAUCAAACAGAAGGAUGCCAAGCUAAGCAAACAGACGGCCGUAGGUGAAGAGACACUACCCCCAAUUAGAAACAAAGACUAUAGAAAAAAGAAAAAGAGCAGAAGUAAAGUGUCUACUGAAACUAAGAAAAAUGAGGAGAACAAAAACCCCAAAAGAAAAUUACAUGACUACAACUACUGGGACAAGCUGGAUGUGGACAAAGCCUUGCAGGAGCUCGAUAAAGAGGACAACACUAAUGAAUCAGUGUCUGCAGAGUCUGAUUCCGGGGAUGAAGAUGGCAUUAAAAUUGAUACAGAAAAGGCUUUAGCAGACAAAGAAAAGGGAAAUAAUUACUUUAAGGCUGGAAAGUAUGAUGAAGCUGUGCAGUGCUACACAAGAGGCAUGGAUGCUGACCCCUACAAUGCCGUCCUGCCUACAAACCGAGCAUCUGCGUUCUUUAGGCUAAAGAAGUACGCUGUUGCUGAGUCAGACUGCAAUCUGGCUAUUGCUUUAAACCGCAGUUACUGGAAAGCUUACGCUCGCAGAGGAGCCUGUCGUCUGGCAUUGAAGAAUUUCCAAGGAGCAAAGGAAGAUUAUGAAAAGGUCUUAGAACUGGAUUCAAACAAUUUUGAAGCCACCAACGAGCUAAAGAAAAUAGCCCUGGAGCUUCAGUCAUCCUCAAGUACAUUACAAGAAAAAGAAGAUAUUAGGGAGAACAUUGAAGAGAAAAGUUCAGAAAUAUCUGAAGAAGAAAAGAAACAUAUAGAAGCGCAACAGCUGAAACAAAAAGCUAUUGUACAGAAAGAUCUGGGAAAUGCUUACUUUAAAGAAGGAAAGUAUGAACUUGCCAUUGAAUGCUACACACAAGGAAUUGCAGCAGAUAGCACAAACGCACUGUUACCAGCAAAUCGAGCCAUGGCCUACCUGAAAAUUCUAAAAUACCAGGAAGCCGAGGAAGACUGCACACAGGCCAUAGCUUUAGAUACUUCAUAUGGAAAAGCGUUUGCCAGAAGAGGGACUGCAAGAGUAAUGCUUGGCAAACUGAGGGAGGCGAAAGAAGAUUUCGAGACUGUGUUAAAACUUGAACCUGGAAACAAGCAGGCAAUAUCAGAACUGUCCAGAAUUUCUCAGGAACUUAAUGAAAAAACUGUAGACGCAAAUCAACAGUCUGCAGACGAAAGUGAAGAACCUCAUAAGAGACGUAUUAUAAUGGCAAUAGAUAAACCUUCCUAUCUAAGAUCACCUAAACCUUUGCGAAGGAUGGAAAUUGAAGAGACUGGAGGUGGAUUACUAACUCAAGUGAAUGUUUUGACUGAACCUUAUGAUGUCUUGGUCCAACCUGAGGAUCCUGCAAAAAGUAAAGAUCUGAAUUCUAAAGAACCAGUUUCCACUUACCCAGAAGCCCCCAGUGCAAAGAUGUUAAAAAUCGAGGAAAUCAGUGACAUGCCAACGACUGAGAAUGACAUCAAUACCAGCGUUCCAACUCUGACCAGACCAGCAAAAAUGGAAAAGGAUCGGCCUGCAUUAUCUCCAUCAGUGGACGGUGACGUUCCAGGAGUUCCUGCAAAUUCAUUUCAGCUUGAGUCAGAUAUAAGAAGACUGAAAGGGAACCCAGAUAUAUUAUAUAUGUACUUAAAGCAAAUUGAGCCCUUGCACUACCUGAAUCUGUUUCAUAAAGCUUUAGAUCCAGAUGUCUUCAAUGAAAUAAUCAAAAUUCUACGACUUAAAUACAUUGAGAAUGAAGACGCAGAAGUUGUGUUGGAGAUUUUACAGAUAUUUUCUGAGCUUAGGAGAUUUGAUAUGGCAGUUAUGUUUUUGUCAGAAUCGGAAAAAGAAGAUGUCCGGGCUUUAUUUGCCUAUGUAGAAAAAGCUAAGAAAACAACUGAAACUUAUGCAGCUCUAAAGAAGAAAUAUUGCGUCUGAGUAUAGUACAGAAAGAAAACCUAUAUUAAAUGGACAUUUGAAACAGUCCAGGGUUAAGAAGAAACUAUACUCAUGCUACCUGAACAAAUUCACUGACAUUAUGUACAAAAUAAAUUUUUCGUUUGUAUU